UUUUUUUUUUUUUAAUUUGAAACAGCACCUAACCCAGGCAUUUUUUGUAGCUCUUCCUCCUCCGAUGCAGAAUUUGAUACUGUGGUUGGCUACUUAGAGGAUAUCAUCAUGGAUGACGAGUUCCAAUUAUUACAGAGAAAUUUCAUGGACAAGUACUACCAGGAGUUUGAAGACACGGAAGAGAAUAAACUCACCUACACGCCUAUUUUUAAUGAAUAUAUUUCUUUGGUAGAAAAGUAUAUCGAAGAACAGCUGUUGGAGCGGAUUCCUGGAUUUAACAUGGCGGCGUUCACUACAACUUUACAGCACCAUAAGGAUGAGGUGGCUGGUGACAUAUUUGACAUGCUGCUCACAUUUACAGAUUUUCUGGCUUUCAAAGAAAUGUUUCUGGACUACAGAGCAGAAAAAGAAGGCCGUGGGCUGGACUUAAGCAGUGGUUUAGUGGUGACUUCAUUGUGCAAAUCAUCUGUGCCAGCGUCCCAGAACAAUCUUCGCCCCUAGGUCCCUCCACGGGGUGGUGGGAUCCUGUCUCAAUGCCUCCAGCCUAGUAGACACUGGGAGAGGCUUCUGCUACUAACGACUGAAGAUGACAUCUUGGAACAACUGCACUGUAACACCUAGUCCAUGUGACGUAUUGAUGGUCAGAAAGAAAACUACCUGACCCCUGGGCCUGUUCUCCUGCCAUACCUCAUGCCCAGUGAGCCCGACACUCCGCCCUCAGCAAACUCCCCUUUCUCCUCGGCUGGGCUCUGGAGCAAACGUUCCUGUCGGGCCCGGCCCAGCUCAUAAAUUGUGUCAGCCCAGAAGGCCACCACCA